GCGGGGUGCACGUCGAGUGUGUGUUCCGCCUUACCGCCGCCCGAGCGCCGCUACCCGCCGCCCGCGCGUAUAGCGUACACCGCGCGGGAAACUGCCGCGCGAUCACUUUGUUGGUGCGGAUCAUAUUAGUAUUGUGUUGUAUUGUAUGUAACUGUUGAUGAUGUGAGUUUGUUGCUGAAAGGAUUGCUCACUUUCGCCGCCGUGCUGGUAACCGCUUACAAUCCCACCAUGGAAAAAAAGCCUGACGAACCAGAGGAUGUCACGAAUAAGCCACUACCUUCGAUGAGUGAACCCACGGAGGUUCAAGAUGCUGUAGCAUCUACUUUAGCAACGCCAUUCGCGCAGCCAAUAAUCACUGCUUCAAAAUCUAAAGCCCAAAAACAACAGUGCGGUCCGGCUGCUGUACUGUUCGGACACGGUCGCGGCCCGCUACGGCGCCACACCGCGGUUGAUGAUGAGCGCGGGCGCGUGGCGGCGACACGCGCUCACCGCCGCGCUACUGCUCGCCGCGCACCUCAUCAAAGUGUUGUCCUGCGGAGAGACGGGCGGCGCGGGGCCCGCGGGGGGCGGGACGCGGGGCCGCCGCUACGUGGGGCUCUACACCGGGCCCUACUUUGACCCCAGCGCACCCAACAACAUCACCGCUCAGCUCGGGACCCACGCCUACCUGCCCUGCAAGGUUCGACAGCUGAGCAACAAGUCAGUGUCGUGGAUCCGGCGUCGCGACGCUCACAUCCUGACCGUAGACCGCUUCACGUUCAUCGCGGACGAGAGGUUCCAGGCCUUCCUGGUGGAAGCUACGGACACGUGGACGCUGCAGGUGAAAUAUGUCCAGGCGAGAGACGCCGGUGUCUACGAGUGCCAGGUCGGUACCGAGCCCAAGAUGAGCCAUUUCGUCCAACUGAAUGUUGUUGUGCCAAAGAUCGAGAUCGCCGGCGAGAGCGAGUUGUACGUGAAGGCGGGCAGCACCGUGAGCCUGAAGUGCGUCAUCACGCAGGCGCUAGAGGAGCCCGCCUACAUCUUCUGGUACCACGGGGCGGAGCGCGUGCUCAACUACCGGCGCGGGUUGCGGGACAUCCGUGUGGAGCGACUGGCACCCGACACCACGCUGUCGCACCUCGUGCUGCACAACCCCGUGCGGGAGGACUCCGGCAACUACUCUUGCGCGCCCUCGAACCUGGACUCCGCCUCCGUCAUGCUGCACGUGCUCAGUGGUGAGCAGCCCGCAGCCAUGCAGCAUGGCAACUCGGCGCUACGCUCGUCUCCGUCACUCGCGCUGGCCGCGUUGUCCUGGCUAGCGGCCGGUACCGCCGCACCCGUCGCGACAGCUUCGCUCAUCUCGCGCGCCUUGCUCAGGCUGCUCGUUAUUCUGUCGAUGGCGCUAGUUCUGCCAUUGCAAUGUCACGACGAAGACGAUCCUAAAUAGCGGAAGGUCCAGUUGCAACUCACACACGCUCGAGGCGGGCCGCGUGUGCGUGUCAGUGUGUGUGCGUGUGUGUCUAUACAUAUGUGUAUAAUAUUGUGUGUAUGCGUCUGUUCUCUUAUUGUACUUCGAGAUUGUAUACCGGACGAAUCCGGACUUAAUUUUGUAUUAUAA